AUGGGCCCUGGUGUUCUCAACCUUUUUAGUACAGCUGACUAUGGCCUAUGGCCUCCACAAUUGCCUCAGCAGUUUCUCAGAACACAGCGUCCCUCUCCAUUAGGCUUCGGGCCGGCUGGGAGGAGUGAGCUCCAGGCACACACAUAUACACACACACUGACGGCCAUGCCUCAGAGAUACUCCCACCAGAGGAGGAAAGCCAGCACAGCGGCUGCUAGGAGGAUGGAGAGAAGACACAGGGACCAGGGGAAAAGCAGCAUAAACAACUCAACCGGCAGCCACAACCACCGCUCCAAGAAGCUGGCCAUGCUCUCCAGGACAACCCAGCAAUCAGCCCUGGAGAAAAGAGGAGGCAGUAAGGCAGAUGAUCAGCUGCAUCAGACCAACACACUCAGGGAGACUAAAAGAAGUAUAAGGAGAUCCUUCAGCAUCAAGCCUGUGCACCGCCCCUCCCGAUCUCUCAGCUCUGCCCAGCUGGUACACUCCUUUAGCAACAUGCCAGCUUUCAUCAUCUGUAAUAUUGUGCUGAUGAAGGGCCAUGGCAAGGGUCUGGGCUUUAGUAUUGUGGGUGGGAGGGACAGCAUGUAUGGACCAAUGGGGAUCUAUGUGAAGACCAUUUUCCCUGGAGGGGCAGCUGCUACUGAUGGAAGACUGCAGGAGGGUGAUGAGAUCCUGGAGCUGAACGGAGAGUCUCUACAUGGUCUGACUCAUGAUGAAGCCCUGCACAAGUUCAAACAAAUCAAAAAGGGCCUCCUGACUCUCGUGGUGAGGACCAGCUUACGUGUGGAGGCCCUGUGUGGUCAAGCACAAGUGGCUCAGCUGUGCAGGUCGCGCUCCCUCAGCUCCACCACAGGCAUGGCAAGGAUCAGUGCUGACAUGGGAGACAGCAACUACCUGAACAACAGCUGCAAUAACACGCUGAGCAUCCCCGGUCAGCCUGCUAAACCAAGAGACCGUAUCAUGAUGGAGAUCAUCCUGCAAAAAGAGGUUGGUGUUGGUCUGGGUAUUGGACUGUGCUGUGUUCCAUCUAAUGACGGAUGUCCUGGGAUCUACAUCCACACCCUCUCUCCUGGAUCUGUAGCACAUAUGGAUGGUAGACUCCGGUGUGGAGAUGAGAUAAUGGAGAUCAAUGACACAGUGGUUUACAACAUGGCGCUGAAUGACGUCUACACAGUCCUGAGCCAGUGCACACCAGGUCCAGUCCACAUCAUCAUCAGUCGCCAUCCCGACCCCAAAGUAUCAGAGCAGCAGCUGAAUGAAGCUAUCACUCUGGCAGUGGAGAACAGCAAACUGAGAAAGGAUAAGAGCCAGUGGAGUAUUGAUGGGCUGCGCAGGCUGGAGUCGUGCUCUCACAGCCGGCAGAGAUGUGAGCAUUGUCUAGAGAAGAGUUUCAGUCAGCUGUCGGUUCGACGAGCACAGAAGACCAUGACCCGCUCCUGCAGCGACAACACCAACAGCCACCACUACAACCACUGCCUGGCCCUCCACAACCUCCACAACACACACCAUAACCCACCAGCCCGGGUCCACAGCCUGGACACACCAAAGUCUAUGACGGACACAUGGUCUGAGAACAGACUGUCAGUGCCUGUGUAUCCUGAUGAAAAGUAUAAAAUCCCAUACAACUCUCCAGCCGCUAACCUCUCCAGUCAGCAGGCCCUGGAUCUGGCCUACAGGGGCAACAAGGAAGCAGAACAAAUAAGAGAAAAGUCAGAGGGGAGCAAAGAAGACAUCACUCAUCCAGACUCUUCAGCAGCCUGCACAGACGACAGACUACACAUAGAUCAUUCAACAGCAUCAUUCCUCUGCUCACAGCCAAAGAGAGCAGCUCUGAGGAGACAGGCUCGCGUUGAACAACACACCCAAGAGCAGCUUCAAGAUCCUUGGGUUCGCCUUUCAGACAGCUCCCCCGAAGAACUGCCCGAGAUCCACCGCCGACACACAGCCUGUCACUAUCCACAGCCGGUCAACAUCCUCAGCAAGCCCGCCGCCAUGAGUGAUGAAGAGAACACCAGUGAGUUCAAUGGCACAGCCACAGAUGUGAAUUCAGAUCCUCUGUCCCACGUGACUCCUGAAGACACGUCUGAAACUCCUCCAGAAUCAAAGAGGGGGCCCCCAGUGGCACCCAAACCGGCCUGGUUCCGCCAGAGUCUGAGGAAGAUUCGAGAUGAGCAGGGCCAGAAGAAGCAAACUAAACCUGCAGAGCAGAGGCCGGCUGUGGGUUUUCAGAGCAGAAGCUUUGGAGUCAGAUCACCUUCUUCUGCCUCCAACCUGUCAAUCAAACAAAAGAUCCACUCAUUUGAGACUUUUUCCAGUCCAGAGAGUGGAGAGAAGGGGGGCAACAGGAGGCCCGUGACCCCUUCCUCCUCCCUUCCUCUGAUGGAGAAGGAGUCCAGGAGUCACCCCGCCUCACGUGAAGAUUGUGGGAACAGCAAGCAUGAAGUCCCAAAAGAGAUCCAGUCCAACCAGUCUGCAUCUGUUCAGGAGACAGGAGACAGCACUGUCACCUCCUCCACCCCUGAAGCUUGUAGUCAAACAACAGCAAAGUCCUGUGAAGAUGAACCUCCAUUCACCCAGACCCCCACAGAUCUGCCACCCUCUGACACCAUCAGCACUGAUCUGGACUCUGAGAUAAAAGAUUCAGCUCCAUCCAAAGAUGACAGAGAUGUUUUACCAUCCGAACAGGAGUCUGAGCUAGAAACAGCGGAUCUCAGCGAGGUCCCACCCCCUGCAACGUCUAUGAGAUCCAAUCAAAAUGAAGGGGAAGGUCCUCCAGAGGGGGCGAAGGGGGAUGGAGCACAGAACCAAGGAAAGCUGCUCGGCAUGACUCUGAGUGCUGGUCUAGCUGCAGACAGUAACUCUGUGAGAGGCCUCGAUGGAGAGGGUUUGGGGAAAAUUCUUGCAUUCAGUAACCAGGUUUCACAAGCAUUGAUGCGCUCUCUACCCAUGAACUCCAGCCAUGGUAACCUGCAGGACCAGUCUGCAGUGGCUGUUUCUAACCCCGAGGAGUCUGAACCUGCUGCUGAUGGCGCCGACAGAGGAUUCUCUGUCAGCUUGGCCACACUGAGGGAAUGGACCAUCGAGAGAGGGGAGAGGGGAACUCGAGACGAGACAGGAGUCACUUCUGCUUCUGCCUACUCUGUCAUCUCAGCCAUCCCUUCACAGGAAAUACAGGGGAUGAUCCAGGAAGUCUCAACUCUGGACGAAGACACGCUGAAGCAACUGGUGGACAUCCACGUAGUGAUUCUGCAUAAAGAGGAGGGAGCUGGGCUGGGCUUCAGCAUCGCUGGAGGGUCGGACCUGGAGAGCAAAGCUCUCACAGUCCACAAAGUGUUUCCCAGCUGCCUGGCGGCUCAGGAGGGAACUAUUCAGAAAGGAGAUGAGGUGCUGUCAAUAAACGGACAAACACUGCGCGGUGUCACACACGCCGACGCCACCGCCGCUCUGCGUCAGGCCCGCAGUCUGAAGCUGGCUGUGGUGGUCGUCUGCAAGAGAGCAGGGGAGGAGGGGCGAGAGGGAGGAGGCUGCAAGAGUGAAGAGCCCACAUCUGCAGUGGAGGAGCAGGGGUCUGUGGUGAGUCUGGAGAAAGGAGCCGGAGGAGUUGGUUUUACUCUGGAGGGAGGAAAAGGCUCAAUCCAUGGAGACAGACCAUUAGUCAUCAGCAGGAUCUUCACAGAGCAGAGCGGGCUGCAGUGUGGUGACGAGCUGCUGCAGGUCCAGGGAGUCAGUCUGCAGGACAUGACGCGGUUCGAGGCCUGGAACAUGGUCAAGGCUUUACCUGAAGGACUCAUCACAGUGGUGAUCAGGAGGAGGCAGGGGGGGGCAGAAUGAGGACAGACUGCUGCCAGGAGCUGAACAAUGUUGGCUCUCUAACAAUCUCCUAGCAAUCAACUCAGCCAGUCAGUGUGGUCUGUGUUUGACAUGGUGGUUCAGACACCCUCUGAAUAUAUGUUCUAUUAUUUCUAUUAUUAUUUAUUAUUAUAUCACAUUUUUGGCCAGACAGCAAAGUGUAUUAAAGGGCCAGCUCAUCCAAACACCCCAAAAUCCACAUCAGACUCUGUAUGAAGGCUCAAAACUAACACACAACUUCAUGAAAUCCAAGCAGCUCAUUAAGACCAGAUUGUCCAUGGUCUGAUUGCAUUAGGCUACACAGCGGCACUGCUGGCCAGUAUAUAGUAAUAAUAUAUAAUAGUAUAUUGAUUUAUAUUAUAUUGAAACAACAUCUAAUGUAGCAUCAAAUGCUACUUGACGGGCCUAAAGUAACAAAUGUUACAACCAACAAUAUGAAGGAAUUAAUCAGGAAUGUGGAGGCUCCUUAAUGCAGAUCACAGCUGACCACAGUCUGUUGUUAACACUGGAUGCUCCUUACUGACGUGUUACUGGCAGAUUAGACAGUCAGGCAAUGGACGAUUCAUCUGUGUGGUUUUAAUGCACUUUUCUUUUGAGCUUUUAUUUUUGACUUCCCUUCAAUACAAGUUUAAGUGUUAACCAUAUGUUUAAUGCAAACAGAUGAAGUCAUUCCAGAGUAUAAAAUAAUCAUUUUAAUGAA